AUGACCGCAGCCGCCGCUAGCCCCGGCCGCUUCCCUUGGCCGGAGGGGCACAUCGUGCACCCCAGGGGCUUCGACCCGGCCGUACAGCCGGCGUCCCACAACCAAGGGCUCAAGGCUCAGCAGGCCCGCCUGCGCUUGAGCAUGUACGGGAUCGAGCUGCGCAAACUCCUCACCGCUCUGCAGACGUACGUGAGCACUCAGGUGCAGAACCGCCCGUCCACCGUUGGCGGGGCUCUGCAGCACGCGCUCACCUGCUUUGAGGGCGACGACCAGGCGCAUGUGAGCGGCUCCAUGCACCUCAUCGCGGGCGAUCUCAUGCACGCGCUCCCCCCAGACCAGCGUUACGACGGUGCUUACCUGCACCCGGACCAGGCAGGCGCCGUCGGGGCUGUCAUCGCUUACAGC